AUGAGUGAGACACAGUCUAAACCCAGCCAGUCCCCUAACACGAACGAUGCUUCCGGUGGAAAUCAGCAAGGAACUCCCGUUUCAACGAGUAGUGGGGAGACCAAACUUUCCAAUAAGGAAUUGAAAGAGUUGAAAAAGAAGGAGAAGGCUGCGAAGCGAGCUGCCCAAAAAGAAGCCAGCGGAAUAUCGGUAGAGGCACAACAACAACAAGCUCAACAGAAAAGAGAGAAGAAGCACAAUCAACGAGAACAACAGCAGCAAGCGAUUAACAGCAAGAAAGGUAAGCUUGUAGCUCCAGUGUCUGUGGUAAAAGAAUCAACGCUUUACGGCCAUCUAGAAACCACGGAAGAGAGGCGGGCAGCUUUGCUCGCCGUCACCAGCGCCAUAAGCUCUAGCCAUGGUCCGAAGAUUACUGCUGCGGGGCUAAUGCACCCCCAUGCCGCGAGUACAGGAGCUGCUGGCCACGUCGCAAGCGGCUCUGCCAUUGCAUCUGCAGCAUCUUCUGCUGGCUCGCAGGCUCACUCCCUGACGACUGCUGCUGAGCAGUCCACACUUGAAGUUGCGCAGUCCUUGGCCACGAUGGCACUUGAGGAUGAGUACUCAAUGGUACCCGGAACCUCCACAGUCAUCCCACACACCCUUCUGAAAUCAAUCAGUCAUCCACACUUAAACUCCUCAAUCAAGGAGCUCAUUGUAAACAGACAUCUUAUUCAUCCAGCAAUUAUUGAACUUACAUCCGACAUAGCAGGGUACAAAAUUAUUGGAUCAGUUCCCAGAUGCCUGGCUAUGCUAGAGGCUUUUCAAACCGCCAUCAAAGACUACAAAACUCCUCCAGGUACAACUCUUUGCCGCAACUUGACCAGUUAUCUUUCACACCAAAUCGAUUUCUUAAAGAAGUCAAGACCCCUGAGUGUUACUAUGGGUAAUGCUAUUAGGUGGUUGAAGCAAGAAAUAUCUCUGAUCGAUCUAAGCACCCCGGAUGUUGAGGCAAAAGAACAACUGUGUGAACAGAUUUCCCAAUUUGCGAGAGAAAAGAUUGAAUUUGCAGAUCAGUUGAUCAUUGAAAAUGCCUCUCAGCAUAUUUCUGAUGGGUUGACUAUUCUGACUUAUGGUUGCUCGAAAGUUCUCUGUGAUUUAUUCAUACACAAUGCCACAACACUAGGCAAGAAUUUUCAAGUUAUUAUCGUGGAUUCCAGACCACUGUUCGAGGGCCGUAAAAUGACAGAUACAUUAAGGCAUCAUGGCUUGAAUGUUAUGUACGUGUUAACGACGGGUCUGGGAACAGUGUUCAACAUGCACGUCGAUUAUGUGUUCCUAGGUGCUCAUUCAAUCUUGUCUAACGGGUUCUUGUACUCAAGAGUCGGGACCGCUAUGUUAGCUAUGAGUGCCAAGAGACGUAAUAUCCCCGUUUUGGUGUGCUGCGAAAGUCUGAAGUUUUCUCAAAGGGUUCAAUUAGACAGUGUGACAUCGAAUGAAUUGGCAGAUCCUAAUGACCUAGUGGUCAUAGAUUCCAAUAACCCUAUCCAGAGGCGUAGCAACAAGGGAUUUUUGCUUCAACAAUACAUCAAGGAGCGUGAAUUAGAAAUUGCCACCCAAGCUCAAGAACAGAGCAAAGGAGGUAAAGGAGGCAACAGGGCGUCUCCAGAGAAGAAGGCUGACGAUAACAAGCCCAUUCUCGCAAACUGGCAAGACUCUCCUAAACUCAACAUCUUCAAUAUAAUGUACGAUUUGACACCGCCCGAGUACAUCAAAAAGAUCAUCACGGAGUUUGGCGCUCUACCACCUUCGUCGGUCCCGGUCAUUCUGCGAGAAUACAAGGGCUCAGCAUAG